CGGCCUCCGCUGCCCGCUCCUUGGACGCGUCCCCCCAGGCAGGGUCAAUGCGGCGCCUUCCGCCGGCCGGGCCAUGGACACGAGCGACCUCUUCACCAGCUGCAAGAAGGGCGACGUGGGCCGCGUGCGGUACCUUUUUGAACAGAGAGAUGUUGAAAUCAACGUCCGGGAUAAAUGGGACAGUACCCCUCUAUAUUACGCUUGUCUCUGUGGACAUGAGGAGCUUGUUCGGUACCUUCUAGCCAGUGGUGCAAAAUGUGAAGUAAACACCUUUGAUGGUGAGCGCUGUUUAUAUGGGGCCUUGAGUGAUGCUAUCCGGCGGAUGCUGAAGGAGUACAAGCAGAUCACAGCCAAAUGCAUGAAGAGAGAUUACUAUGAUGGCUUCCUUCAACGACUUCUGGAGCAGGGUUACCAAAGUGACAUUGUCUUUAUUGUCCAUGGGAAAUCCUUCUGUGCCCAUCGCUGCAUACUUGGUGCCCGGAGUGCAUACUUUGCAGAAAUGUUUGAGACCAAGUGGAAAGGAAAGAAUGUCAUAGGACUAAAGCACCCACUGAUUAACCCAGCUGCCUUCGGCUCCCUUCUGCAGUACCUCUAUACAGGCCGUCUAGAUAUUGAUGUAGAAUAUGUGAGUGACUGCAAAAGACUGGCUAAACAAUGUCGUCUUCAGGAUCUCAUUGAAGAGUUGGAAACCAAGUGUAAAAAGGUGUAUGAAUUUGUUUCUUCCAAACCAGGGACCUGUGUGAAGGUGCUGACGAUUGAGCCGCCAGGUAACUCACGGCUGCAGAAAGACCUGGCUUUACUAGCAGAUUGCGCACUGCCAGCUGAACUCAGGGUGGGUUUUGGAGAGUUGCCUUUUGACAACACUGACAACUUCAACAGCUGUCCUGAUGUAUGUUUCCGAGUGGCAGACUUCAAUUUCUUGUGCCACAAGGCGUUUUUCUGUGGCCGCAGUGACUAUUUCAAAGCCCUCCUGGAGGAUCACUUCUCUGAGAGUGAAGAGCUGCAAACUCAGCCCAGCAUCCCCGUGGUGACACUUCAUAACAUUUCAGAAGAGAUUUUUAUCCGGGUCCUCUAUUACAUCUACAGUGAUGACACAGAGCUAUCUCCCGAGAAUGCCUAUGAAGUGCUUUGUGUCGCAGACAUGUACCUGUUACCUGGGCUCAAACGACUCUGUGGGAAGACUUUGGCCCAGGUUCUUGAUGAAGACACUGUAGUCAGCAUCUGGAAAGCCGCAAAGAUGUUCCAACUGACCCGGCUGGAAGACCAGUGUACAGAGUAUAUGGCAAAGAUAAUUGAAAAGCUGGUGGAGCUCGAGGAGUUUGCAGUGGCGGUAAAGGAGAAUGCUGAGGCAGUGGAGGAACGACAAGAGACAGACUCCAUUCCCCUUAUUGAUGACAUCCGUUUCCACAUAGCCAGCAACGUACAGACCUACAGUGCCAUUGAAGAAGCGAACCAGAAACUGGAAGCUCUGGAUAAUCUUCUGGCCACCAUAGGGCUGGAAUGUUAAUCUGGGCCUUCCCUUUGUGUGUCUUCAUGGCUGAUCAGCUUGGAGUAUCAUUCUCAAGAUUUCUCAUCUCCCCGCCCCCUCCAUAUGCAUGUGUGCAUACCCACCCCAUUCCAGAUCUGUAGCUCCAUCCUCUUCUAUGCAUGGCUUCCGUUUCUAAUUUACCGGUAUCCUAAAUGAGCAUUCUGGCUCAUUUCUUCUUCUCCCAAGAGCCAAGGAUAACUUAGCUCGAGGAUAACCGAGCUCAAGGAUAACUCAGCUUUGAGAAUACUGCUGUUUCCACAUGAUAGCACUGAUUUGUGACUAGCAAGCCCAACGUAAUGGCAAAUGUAGCUACUGUCAAAUGUUAUAGGCCCAGCAAAAUCUGUUAAAAACUGGUGCCGUCUGCUGAGCUUUGAUACAACGGCUUUCCACAAGGAAACUAAGGCAGAUGAAAUACAGGGCAGUCCGGAAUGAAUCAGCCUGCAUUUCAUGGUGCAUGUUUUGAAGGAUAAGUAGGGAAACAGGCAUUUUUUGCAGGGCUACAGGGAGGUUGCCUUUGUGCUUGCUGUCCCUUGUCAUAAAAUAAUGGCUUUUUCCUUCUCCACAUGACUUCUUUGCCUUCCAGAUUUGCAAAACAUGAUCAAGUAAGGACCCUGGCUUUUUAAAUCCACUUGCCUUAUCUUUUGCAGGCUUAUUUUUGUUCUCCUUUUUCUGUUCUACCUAUUCUGCAAUGCUCCAAUAUCAUGGAUUGACCUUGUUUGGUGCAAACACACUGGGCCACCUUUACUAUUGUUGCUUUUGCAGGAGGAACUCCUAUAGUGAGAUCUGUCAGGAACUUUAGAUAUGGUUGUGCAUCUGUUCAAGUGUGGAAGUGGCACUUUUAAUUUCAUUGGACUGAAGACUUUAGAAAAUUCUUCAGAUUGUGCUAAAAAGUGUUCCAGUCCUAGUAUGGGUUGGUUGCGUGCAGUGUGCUUGCAAAAUACCAUGAUGUAGGCACAGCAGUUCCCCCCCCUUUUCUGAUGGAAUUGGAAACAAACAUUAUAUAGGCAACUGAUACUCUGUGCAUCUGGGGGUGGGGGUGAGAAUUGAAAUUAGCUGGCUCCACCCUGUUGCCUUUUCCAAGGUCAAUGCAUUGAAUGCACAUUUACGUAAGGGCCUUUGUUUGAAUCUGUGCAUGUUGAGUAUUAUAUAUAUGGGUCCCAGGUCAGAUGUAUGAUGUUGAUGUUAGAGCCAUAAAACCAAUUGUCCCAGUCCUACAGACAAGCAGGAUACUGAAUUCUGCAUAGGGCUAUUGACAGGAAAUCUCUGAUUGUGUCGGACUGAUAGGAUUACAGAAGGAGGGAAGAGUAGCAUCUAGGUCAAAUUGGACAAGUGGAAUCUUCCAUUCUGAAUGAAUGAUAGGCCCUUUCCACACGGGCAAUAUACAGCGGCAAAAAUGCCACCCCUGGGCUGCUGGCAGCCCGGGAGCUGUGCGAAGCUGCCCCUUUUAACCUCGCUCAACGAGCAAGGUUUUU